UAUAAAUAUCAGAGGGGCCUCAGACCAAGACAGACUUCAGGAACCAGGAGAAGAAGGCCAAGAGACUCCGGGCAAGUGUUUUGUGACAAAGGCAACAACCUCACGUCUGCUUAGAGCGAAGCAGGUAAAGGAGGCAGCCAGGUGAGCCCCACACCCCCCGACGGUAUGGAUUACAAAUCAGGCCUGAUCCAGGAUGGGAACCCCCUGGAGAACCUGGAGAAGCAGCUGAUCUGCCCCAUCUGCCUGGAGAUGUUUACCAAGCCCGUGGUCAUCUUGCCGUGUCAGCACAACCUCUGCCGGAAGUGUGCCAACGACAUCUUCCAGGCUGCAAACCCCUACUGGACCAAUCGAGGCAGCUCGAUGUCCAUGUCUGGAGGCCGUUUCCGCUGCCCCUCCUGCCGCCACGAGGUGAUCAUGGACCGUCACGGGGUGUACGGCCUGCAGAGGAACCUGCUGGUGGAGAACAUCAUCGAUAUCUAUAAGCAGGAGUGCUCCAGGCCCCUGCAGAAGGGCAGACACCCCAUGUGCAAGGAGCAUGAAGACGAGAAAAUCAACAUCUACUGCCUCACCUGCGAGAUGCCCACGUGCUCCAUGUGCAAGGUGUUUGGGGCCCACAAGGCAUGCGAGGUGGCCCCGCUGCAGAGUGUCUUCCAGGGACAGAAGACUGAACUGAGCAACUGCAUCUCCAUGCUGGUGGCGGGGAACGACCGCAUGCAGACCAUCAUCACUCAGCUGGAGGACUCCAGUCGUGUGACCAAGGAGAACAGUCACCAGGCGAAGGAACAGCUGAGCCGGAAGUUCGACAUGCUGUACGCCAUCCUGGAUGAGAAGAAGAGUGAGCUGCUGCAGCAGAUCACGCAGGAGCAGGAGGAGAAGCUCAGCUUCAUCGAGGCCCUCACGCAGCAGUACCGGGAGCAACUGGACAAGUCCACCAAGCUGGUGGAGACAGCCAUCCAGUCCCUGGACGAGCCUGGUGGAGCCAUCUUCCUCUUGAGUGCCAAGCAACUCAUCAAAAGCAUUGUGGAAGCUUCCAAGGGUUGCCAGCUGGGGAAGACAGAGCAGGGCUUUGAAAACAUGGACUACUUCACUUUGGAUUUAGAGCACAUAGCAGAGACCCUGAGGGCCAUCAGCUUUGGGACAGAUGAGGAAGAGGAAGAGUACAUUGAAGAAGAAGAUCAGGAAGAGGAAGGAUCCACAGAGGGAAAGGAAGAAGGACACCAGUAAGGAGCUGGCUGAGGAAGAGACCCUCUAGAUGCAGAGAGACUGGGGAGGGUGGGGAUGGGCCCAGCUGCCUUGGUGCCAGGCCCAGAGUGGGAGGGGUCGGGGCCCCUGGAGGGGCGAAGGGAGGUGUGUCUUCUCUCUGCUCAGAGAGCGAGGACUAGGAGCGGCCCCCACCGCUGUGCCCCGCGCAGUCACUGAAGCAGAACUGGGAGCGUGCUUGAAACAACCACAGAGGACACUUUUCUACACUGGUGCAAAAUAGAGUAUUUUGUACAUUUUUAAAAUGUGAUUUUUGUAUAUACUUGUAUAUGUAUGCCAAUUUGGUGCUUUUUGUAAAGGGACUUUUGUAUGAUAACGCCUGGUCAUCGUGUGACUGGCGGCUGUUAGGCGGGGGAAGGAAGCCAGGGUGGCCCCUCGCCCGCGUCCUUUCCCUGGCCGGGAGGGCUGGGCAGCACUCGCGCACCUGGGAGGGGUGACGUGUGGUGCUCCAGUGCCUGUCCCUGACAAAGGGGGUGGAGACUGUUUGUGUUACCCGUUGUUCUAAUAAAUGCACAGCGCUCUCUUCCUGUUA